AUGGUUUACGCCUACCUCUAUGACCAUUAUUCGAAGAAGGUCUACGUCUUGAUUAAGCUGGAUCAUGAGGAGCACCCCUUUGUGGGGUUCCAGGACCGUCGGUUCAAUGCCAUUGGAUACAUCGCCAUGCAUGGUCGAGUAUCUGCGCUAUAUUGUGAUGAAUCCGUCACUGAACAAAGACCUUGGCUCGAGGUACUUCACGUUGUUGGGGUACUGACCAUCCCCGACAAUUUCAACAUCAAUCACGAUUACCUGUUAUUUGAAACAACACCUGGUGAUUUGAGUUUUCUUGUCGAGACCCCAUACAGUAGGCCCAACAUUCUGGGGAAUCCAGGGCAAAUGUGGUUCCUCUCCCAGCUCUUGGAAGCAUCAAUCCCCUUCAAUCCACCGAUAUCUCUGGAGGAAUCCCCCCGCCUCGCCAAUCCCGUCUUAGGAGGCAAUCCUUCUAUACACGGGGUAUCACAGUGCGCCGUCAACAAGCCUAUUGCCUCAACGUCCAGGCAUUCCACUCAUCUCACCAUCACCGACCAGCCGCCUCCGUUGGCUGGCACAAAUGACACGCACCUAUUGGAUACCGUCCUGGGCCUUGCGCCAUACACCCCCUUUGCCAUUCAAUCAACGACGAUGAUGCAUCUUCUCGACGGCGACGGCGGCAACAUUGACUGGUCGGCUCUCAGUCUUUCCAUCGGCGACCUUGGAGAACCUCACCCUUCGGAGGAGCCGGUUGAGGUUAACGCUGGCGAACCAGCCCCCAUCAACACGAACCUGGCCCUUCAUCCGGACCUGAAAUGGACAGAUCCGGUAGAUCUGUGGAGUCAGGUUGGGCCCGACGACAAGAAAAAGAUACUCCGUAUGUUGGAGAAAAAGCUGUGCCGCUGGUACCAUGUCAUAAAGCUCACGAAGGCCCUGAUCGCGGGUAGUCUGUGGGUCGGCAUGUACGGGAACCCGUUUAAAAUCUCUGACAUGGAUCGGCGGAGGGUCAUUACUACCAGCUUCCUAACUGCCCUCCGAAUCGACGGGAAGACGUACGUGGAUCUAAUGGAACAACCAUUGAUUGUGAAGAACGGUAAAACACAGACCUCUGUUGGAUGGCAAAUUAUCCGCACCCACCUGCUUUCACUAUUCAACAACACGAGGUCUGAAUUGAGGAAAGUCGCCAAAGCUGCCAUGUUGCCAAUCACACGCUUUUGUGAGAAGGACGUGAUAAUUGAUACAAUAAAAGUAUUUCUUUCGGUAUUGAAUUCUGGGCAAAGCCAAGCCGUACAAGAAGCUCUUUCUACACUCGUGGCCCAUCAAAUCUUCAGGGAAGUGUUAUGGGCGGCACUCUUUAUCCAAGUCGACGGGUUGCCUGACGGAAAACGCUCUGCGAGAAUAGCGGAUCUAUUUCCCGAAGAGCUCUACACGUCAGUUGGAUGCGUGGCCCAAGAUACCGUUGGCAACUUGGUGACAGUAAUUUACCAUACGAUGGUCCUGAUGACGAAAGAAGCACUGAACAAGCAAAACAUUAAUUUGUACAAGAGGCACAAAGUCAUGUGCGACAUCAUUGGUGCCGCGCUCGCCAUCAUGUAUGAAAAUGUGCUUGAUAUCAACCCCAAGACGAAAUGUCCUAGACCAAACGGGAGGGACAAGAAGGAAAGAGUAAUCGAAGAUAUCGUUAAAAGUAUCGCCAUUACAGAACCCAAUGAUGUCCCGCGGCGGGGUGGUUUACCAAACAACAAAGGCUUCUACUGUUAUUGCUUCGCGUCAACGUCGCAAGAUGUACAGCCUGCAGCUGCUCACCUGCUGGCCCAGGCCAAUGACUCAAAUUCGACCUGGCGAAUGUUUCAACGAUUGUAUUUCCAGGGAGGCACACGUAGUUUCCUCACGAGCGCACUAAAAUUUUCGGGAGACGCAAGUACUAAUCUCUGCGGAAUCAAACUCGAGACCAAUUACAACUUGAAGUUGAGUACUGCCAGGAAUGCGAAGACUGUCUCACCGUUGAUCUGUGGUUGGAUGCAUUUCGUGAUGGUUCACUGA